CGGGUCAACAAAUCGAGUUAUGGCGUGCGGCCUUUUCUUCGUCUUAGACCAACUUGGAUAGAGAGCCAAGCCAUGGACAUGUCUGAUCUUUCUCCCACCUGCACGGCAUCUGCCUGAAGCUUCUGCCUUCCGAGGCGCUUGCGAAGACCGCAGAAACAGAUAAAAACCACAGCAGUUGACUCCGAUGGAAGACCGAAUAGCUUAAACAAUAGAAAGCGAGUCGCCUUCCCGAUGGCGCUUUCGUCGCCUUCCCUCCUCGCAGUCAAACUUUCUUCCUCCUCUUACGUAUCUUUCAAGCAAUCGACACCCACCGAACCCUAGCCUCGACCUCCCGAUUGCCAUCGACCGCGGCCAUGGAGGUCGGUCUUCAGGUGCUGAUCGCCGCCGCCGCCAGCUUCCUCUUCGUCGCCCUUCUCAUCGGGAGCCUGUUCCUCGUCUGCCGCGGCCGGGCCAAGCCCCGACCUUUCGGCUCCCAGAUCGCCUCCGACGUCGAGGCGGCGCCCGACUUCCGCUCGCUGGACCGCCUGCGCUCCUCGUCGUCCCACUCCGGCGCCGGGGACGAGAGCAGCGCGUCAUACGACCCGUCCCUGGACCGGAUCUCCAUGUCGGAGCUGAUCGCCGCGACGAGGAACUUCGCGCCCGACGGCAUCAUCGGGGACGGCAGCUUCGGGUUCGUCUACAAGGCCCAGCUGUCGUCGGGCGCCACGGUCGCGGUGAAGCGGUUGUCCGCCGACGCCGUUCACGGCGUGCGGGAGUUCCGAGCGGAGAUGGACACCCUGGGGCGGAUCCGGCACCCGAACCUGGCGCGCAUGCUGGGGUUCUGCGUCGCCGGCCGCGACCACGUGCUUAUCUACGAGUACCUGGAGAACGGCAGCCUGGACCAGUGGCUGCACGAGCCGGACGCCGAGGGGCGCCCGCGGCGGCUGCCAUGGCCGGCUCGGGUGAGGAUCAUGCGAGGUGUGGCGGCGGGGUUGGCGUUCCUGCACGACGGCUGCCGGCCGGCGGUGAUCCACCGCGACAUCAAGGCCAGCAACGUGCUGCUCGACGAGGGCUUCGAGGCGCGGAUCACCGACUUCGGGCUGGCGCGGGUCGUGGAGGCGCCCCGGACCCACGUCUCGACGCAGGCGGCGGGGACGAUGGGGUACAUGGCGCCGGAGAACCGGGAGGGGGCAACAGCGGUCACGCCCAUGGCGGACGUCUACAGCUUCGGAAUACUGAUGCUGGAGGUGGCGACGGGGCAGCGGCCGAACCUGACGGUGCGACCGGAGGGCGGCGCCGGGGGGGAGGUCGGGCUGGCGCGGUGGGCCCGGGGGAUGGUGGAGCAGGGGCGGGGCCCGGAGGUCCUGGACCGCGAGAUGGGGGAGGAAGAGACGAUGGAGAGCCAGGUGCGGGGUUUCCUGGACGUGGCCUACCGCUGCACCGAGGAUGGACCCCGCGACAGGCCUGCCAUGGUCGAGGUAGUCGCUGCUCUGGCCCAGCUCUGAAACACCAGGAAAAGACAUUUCUAUCCAUGUUCCUUAUCACGUUUCACUGUACCCACGACACCGAACAAGGAAUAUACAAUUCAUCCACUCUGUUAAUUGUUCA